AUGGAAAAGCGAUGGAAAGACUUCAAGGAAAUAAUGAAGGACAACAGGGAAAACAUCCUUAAGAUGUUUGACCUGUUCGAGAACAAUGCGAUCCAUGUCGCAACUCGUUCGAACGACCCUAAACUCUUGAAAGAGAUGAUAGCAUUGGUGCCUGAGGAAGAAAGGUGGCAAGCCAUGUUCCAGAAAAAUGGCGAGGGAAACACUGUUCUGCACGAGGCUGUGCUCUGCAAGAGGAUGGAAAUGGUGAAAGCUGUGUUUGCGGUUGAAGACGGGUUGCAGGAAGAAUCGUCAGUGGAUGAGAAGAGGUCAUUGCUGGAGGUGAAAAACAGCCGCGGUGAAACCCCUUUCUUCGUGGCUGCCAUGCAUGGAAAACUGGAGAUGCUCAAGCUCAUGGCUAUUCAUUUCGCCAUGCAUGAAAUGGGAGAUUUUCGUCAACAUUUACGUAGAUUUGACGAGUAUUCUGCUCUUCAUGCCAGUGUCAUUGGACAACACUUUGAUGUUGCAUAUUGGCUAUUAAGAAUGGAUAAAGAACUUGCUAAGCUAAAGGAUAAGCAAAAUCUAACAUGUCUUCAACUACUUGCCAAAAUGCCCGAAGCUUUUCGAAGCAACUUUCAAUUGGGACCAGUGAAGAGUCUCUUAUAUAUGGAUGAAGAAAACGUUGAAUUGUUUAAGCAAAGCAAAGAUUUAGAAAGUGGGAAAAUGGAGAAAAGAAAUCUACGUAAACCAGUUCUUUCAGAUAUCAACUACAAGUUUUGGAAAAGCAUGGCAAAAGAGUUUGAAGGAGUUGGUCGUAUGUGGAAGGAAAAGAAAAAACAUAAGUUAGUAGAAGGUCUAGUAAAUAUUUUAGUGCAAUAUGAUUUAUCAUGGCAGAUAUCUUGUAAUGAAUCCAAGAUGACAAGAUUGAUUAGAAUGCCAUAUCAUCCUUUCAAUGUGCCAAAAAGGAGAAGGUUAAGUGCAAAGAAGAUGGAAGAAAGGCGUAGCAAAGAUGACGAAGACCCUGUUUUUGAUCGCAUACCACUACUCAUAGCAGCUAAAACUGGAAUUGAAGAAAUUGUUGAAAAAUUCUUCGAGGUGCAUCCAGAGGCUAUUUCUCAUGUUAAUAACGAUGGCCAGAACAUAUUACACGUAGGCAUUAGGUAUAGACAGAAUAAAAUCCUGAAACUUAUAGAGAGAAAAGGUGUAGUGGAAUCAUUAGUUCAUCAAAUCACAAAGAAAGGUCGAACUAUCCUACAUGAAAUUGCAAGGAUGGAUUACUACAAAGCAGCACGCUUAGCUGGAGUGGCAUUCCAACUGCAAGAUGAGUUACGUUGGUAUGAUAAAGUGAGAAGUAUGAUUCCUGAGCACUACAUCAUGCACUGUGAUGUAGACGGGCAUACAGCAGAAGAUAUGUUAGAAAAUGAGCAUGAUGACAUGCUUAAAGAGGCACAAAAAUGGUUAAAGGAAACAGCACAAUCAUGCUCCACUGUUGCAAUUCUAGUUGCUACUGUUGUAUUUGCUGCUGCAUACACUGUUCCUGGUGGAACUGAGAAUGGUACUCCUGUGCUCCUUCAUUCUGGUGUGUUUCUCUUUUUCACCAUCAUGGAUGUUGUGGCUCUUGCUACCUCACUUGCUUCGGUGGUGGUGUUCCUCUCCAUCCUCACUUCCCCAUGUGAGUUGUGGGAUUUUCACAAGUCUCUUCCACGAAAACUGAACUUGGGAUUUGCUUUGCUGUUCUUAUCAUUGAUGACAACAAUGCUUGCAUUCAGUGCAACCAUGUUGCUGACCAUUCGAUUGGAAUGGAAGAAUUGGACUUCAACAUUGAUAUACAGUGCUGCUUUCUUUCCUGUCACCAUAUUUGCAAUGAUUCAAUUUCCAGUUAUAAUGAUGACAAGAAGCAUUGUCGACAAGCUUUGGAAGCAACUUAAGAGGGUCCUUCCUAUCAGAUUGAUUAAUUGUCUCACUAGGGGCAUUUGA